ACCCUUUAACGAUUUAAUAAACUAAUUAUAGCCAAAGCCUAAUUAACAUUCUUUCAUUUCGUGGUUAAAAUAAAUAGUUUCCUAAAUUUUUGUGGCUUCCUCUGGAUUGCAUGAUGCAACUCAUUGUGCGCUUGGUGUGGGUAAAGUGCACACUUUUACGCACGGAAGGAACCUUGCAAUCCGCCGAUGGAUUUCCCGAGACGUUGCAGAGAAAGCGGAAGAACAGUAGGGCAUGACACUCCCGCAGCUCAACCGGCCAUGGGUCGCUUCAAAGGACAUUUGAACAGUGGCAUGCGUUCCUGGAACUCGGUGUCUCCCUCUGCUCAUUAAGAUGGUCAAAUGGCCGAAGUAGUCCGUGUUUAGGCGAAUUAUGUCGAGCUCAAUUUGUGCCAACAUGGAGCAUCGCGCGGACAGAAUGUAGUGCAAUACAUACGUGUUGUAGUGUGCUUUAUUUGCUUAAUAACUUAAACUUUCAGAUUCACAGCAUUUAAUUAAUCAGAAUGGCUCCACAUCCUAUAAUCCAGGCAAUCAUCGACUUUUCAGCUGGAGCAAUAGGUGGUACAGCGUGUGUGCUGAGCGGUCAGCCGUUUGACACCACCAAGGUGAAGAUGCAGACGUUCCCCACCAUGUACCGGGGCUUCAUCCACUGCUUUGCAUCCACCUUUAGGCAGGUGGGACUACGUGGUCUCUACAAAGGCUCGAGCCCGGCCCUCAUCGCCAACAUCAGUGAGAACGCUGUGCUCUUCUUGAGUUAUGGUCUGUGCCAGGAUGCCAUCCGCUUUGUGUCCAGGAUGGAUAAAGGAGCCGGUCUCAGUGAUAUUCAGAAGGCAUCCGCAGGGUCUUUAGCCUCCAUCUUCUCCUCCAUGGCGAUAUGCCCCACCGAGCUGGUGAAAUGUCGCCUGCAGGCCAUGCACGAAAUGGAAGCGUCUGGCAGGAUCGCAAGCGGACAGAGAAGCACAGUGUGGGCCGUAGUGAAGACGGUGGUGAAGACAGACGGCCCCCUGGGGUUCUACCAAGGACUGACAUCCACCAUGGUGAGGGAGAUCCCAGGUUACUUCUGCUUCUUUGGAGCUUAUGAAAUGUGUCGCUCUAAAUUUGCGCAGCACAUGGGAACGGACAAGGACAGUAUAGGUGUUCUUCCACUCAUGUUCAGUGGUGGAUUUGGGGGGGCUUGUCUAUGGUUGAUGGUCUAUCCCAUAGACUGUGUGAAGUCCAGGAUCCAGGUGUACUCUCUAGCUGGGAGGCAAGAGGGCUUCAUGAAGACAUUCAUGGGCAUCAUACGCACUGAAGGGUUGAGUGCUCUGUACUCAGGUCUGACUCCUACCAUGAUUCGCACCUUCCCUGCCAAUGGAGCCCUCUUCCUGGCUUAUGAGGUCAGUCGCAAGUUCAUGAUGAAGACAGCUGGUGAAUGAUGUGGAGGAUCUCUACAGCUGAAGAAAGAAUGGUGCCCAGACACUGCCUUGUCUUUUAAAAUGACAUGACCAAACCUUUUUGUUGUGUCCUGUUGGAUUAGUUGUGACUUAAACAUGUUGGUGUUAUUGGUAUCAACA